AUGGGAGUUCAAAAGCUUCAAGUUGGUAUGGCCGGUCUUGGUCGUGUUGGCAAGUUCCACGCCAUGAACUUCCUCCAACGUACCCCUCGCGCCGAGCUCGUCGCAGCCUUUACCCCCGACCCAACCGAGAUUGCGUGGGGAAGAGUGAACUUGGAACCCCAUGGAGUCACUUUGUACGACAAUUACGAUGAGAUGCUCAAGCACCCAGGUCUUCAAGCUGUGGCUAUUGGAACUGCGACCUCGGUUCACGCAGAAGAAACCAUUAAAGCUAUUGACGCGGAUUUGCAUGUUCUGUGCGAGAAGCCUCUCUCAAUCAAUAUCGAUGUGUGCAAAGCCGUUGUCGCAGCCGCAAAGAAGAAGCCUCAUCUGAAGGUGAUGUGUGGCUUCUCCCGACGCUUCGACGAGUCAUACCGAGAGGCCCAUAAUAAGGUUGAACAAGGACUCAUUGGAAGACCCUCUAUCAUUCGAAGCCAGACCUGUGAUAAGCUCGACCCAUCAGGUUUCUUUGUUGAGUACGCUGCAUGGUCUGGUGGUGUUUUUGUUGAUAUGGCUGUGCAUGAUAUCGAUCUUACCCUGUGGUUCUUUGGGGACGACAUAAUUCCCAAGAGCAUCUCUGCACAUGGUAUUACAGCAGUUCAGCCCGAGUUGAAGAAGCACAAGGACUAUGAUAACGCUGUUGGAAUUGUCGAGUUCCAAAAUGGCAAGAUCGCCUAUUACUAUUGUUCACGUAUGAUGGCCCAUGGACAAGAGGAUACCACGGAGAUCAUUGGAACCGAGGGCAAGCUGGCUGUGAAUAACAACCCUCAGUGCAACUUUGUCAACUACUACCACUCUGGUGGCAUCACACGCGAGGUGCCCCCGAAUUUUAUGGGUCGCUUCGGCCCUGCCUUUGUACAGGAGGCCAAUGACUUCACUGCGGCUUGUCUUGACAACACACCACUUCCUAUGAAGUUGAGUAAUGCAGUGAAAGCAGUCGAGAUUGGAGCUUAUUUGCAAGAGGCGCUUGUGACUGGCAAACAGCUUCACUUUGAUGAAAUUGGACGACGCAUCGAGAAGGCGCAGCUGUGA